AUGGGACUGCCAACGUAUCCCGAAUGCAGCAUGAAGAGAGAAACUGCUGAGCUCGUAUUUAGCAAGGAAAUCGCCGACGAGCUAGGCAGAGACUUUCGCGUCCUGCCUGUAUUCGAAAAAGGUUUAUUUGAUUACAAAUACAGACGGUUUUACUCUCUGAAUACCAACAAGCUGCUCGGCUGUCGCUGGUCGUCUUACGUCGACAAUUUCAGUUCGCGCGAACUUGCCCCGUUUCAGUUCAUCGAUAUAAGAGACUACCACUUUUUCAACUGCGUCAAUCGUCUUAAACCCUCGGAAACUAUUUACAAAAAGAAAGAUUUUCGUUAUAAACUGAAGCCGGGGCCCGGCGUGGACUAUGGUGGCCAAAUGCCGAUACCGCAGGACUUGCUCAUGAAGAGAGGGACAAUUAAAAUUAAAAAGCAACCAAGACAGUCUAAGAAAGAUGAGGAGUUGAAUGAGUCUAAAAGCGAAGUUGGAAAAACACAGGCAGAAAAAUAAAGGAACGUUUAAUACUAGCUGUCGACUGCCAUGCCGCGACUACAUGAAGUCGGCCGCAGCUGCAUUACAGGGCACGAUUCUGCUAAUUUUACUCAA